GUAAGCCGGAGAAUGAGGAGCUCAAACUUGGGGCUUUGCAAAAGCUGCAAAGAGGGGCGGCGCAGCAGAAGCUGGCUCGGGAGUUGCUGCCGCCGCCGCUAAGGACAGACAUCUUAAGGGGGGGGAAAGAGGCGACCCAGGCGAGAUUUCCGGGCCCCCCAAGCAAGCCCCGCUUUUGGAUUUACAAACACGCCCCAGGCGGAUGGGAGAGGAGGAAGAUUAAGAGGCGUCCUCUCGUCCCUCCGGAACGGAUCCAAGGGAUAUUGAUGUGUGUGUGUGUUUUUUCUCUCCAAAAUAAUCUAUAUUUGGUUCGCUUUCUCUUUGCUUUUUAACAUUUUGCAACCUCCCUUUCCUAUGCACUUGGCUGAUCUUUCAUGCACGGGAAAAAAGAAAGACUAAAAAAGGAUUAACUGUUCCAAGCGGCACGAGCAGCGAUGGGGGGAAAAGCGGUUUGCUUUGAAACAAGAUACAGCAUGAAAAAGCCAGCAUGCACAUAAUGCGGAAAAACUCUGGGAUUCUUUAGUGCUUCACAUCGCAGAUUCUAGGGAUUUUAAACAAAGAAAGACCAGACCCCUAACAGGGCUUUGCCAGCAAUGUCUGGAUCUACUCAGCCUGUGGCACAGAGCUGGCGUGCAACCGAGCCUCGCUACCCUCCUCAUGCCAUGUCCUAUCCAGUGGCUAUAACUCAACCACACAUGGAUGUUGGACUGUUGGAAUAUCAGCACCACACCAGAGAUUAUCCUUCACACCUGCCCCCUGGGUCUAUUUUGCAGCCACAGCGGAGGAGGCCGUCCUUAUUAUCCGAAUUCCAGCCAGGAAAUGAAAGGUCGCAGGAGUUGCACGCCAGAGCCGAUCCACAUGCCUACCUAUCCGACCUGAGCAAAGCGUCAGAAAUAGAGUUCAUCGAGACAAAACGGCCACGGCUGGAGCUGUUGCAAGACCCACUGAUGAGGCACUCCCCUCUUCUUAAUCAGAGCCAGCAGGGAGGGACAGAGGAUCUCUCAAAGGAUCGAGGGAUAUCCGGAAAAUUGGAACCUGUUUCUCCCGUCAGUCCCGCCCAUCCGGACUCUGAGCUGGAUCUUUUACCGUCCCGGCUGUCCAAGGAGGAGCUGAUACAAAACAUGGACCGGGUCGAUCGUGAAAUCACCAUGGUUGAACAGCAGAUUUCUAAGCUGAAAAAGAAACAGCAACAACUGGAGGAGGAAGCAGCUAAGCCCCUGGAGCCAGAGAAGCCGAUCUCACCUCCGCCCAUUGAGUCCAAGCAUCGCAGCCUGGUCCAAAUCAUCUACGACGAGAACCGGAAAAAAGCGGAAGCUGCUCAUAGGAUACUGGAAGGGCUGGGACCUCAGGUGGAACUGCCUCUGUACAACCAGCCCUCAGAUACAAGGCAGUACCAUGAAAACAUUAAAAUAAACCAGGCAAUGCGGAAGAAGCUGAUUUUGUACUUUAAGAGGAGAAAUCAUGCUCGUAAGCAGUGGGAGCAGAAAUUUUGCCAGCGCUACGACCAGCUGAUGGAAGCCUGGGAAAAGAAAGUGGAGCGUAUCGAGAACAACCCACGGCGUCGAGCCAAAGAGAACAAAGUGCGUGAAUACUAUGAGAAGCAGUUCCCGGAGAUCCGGAAGCAGCGGGAACUGCAGGAACGCAUGCAAAGCAGGGUAGGACAGAGGGGCAGCAGCCUCUCCAUGUCUGCGGCGCGCAGUGAACACGAGGUGUCAGAAAUUAUUGAUGGGCUCUCGGAACAAGAGAAUCUGGAGAAACAGAUGCGCCAGCUCGCUGUCAUCCCGCCCAUGUUGUACGACGCCGACCAGCAGCGCAUCAAGUUCAUCAACAUGAAUGGCCUCAUGGACGACCCCAUGAAGGUCUACAAGGACCGGCAAGUGAUGAACAUGUGGAGUGAGCAGGAAAAGGAGACCUUCCGGGAAAAGUUCAUGCAGCAUCCAAAGAACUUUGGCCUCAUCGCUUCCUUCCUAGACAGGAAAACGGUUGCUGAUUGCGUCCUCUACUAUUACCUGACCAAAAAGAAUGAGAAUUACAAGAACCUUGUGAGGAGGAAUUACCGGCGGCGUGGGAAGAACCAGCAGCAGCAACAGAUGCCCCGUAGCAGCCAAGACGAAAAAGAUGAAAAAGAGAAGGAGAAAGACAUGGAAAAGGAAGAAGAUAAGCCGGAAGCCGAAAACGACAAAGAGGAACUGACGAAGGAGAAAAAUGAUGAUACAUCCGGUGAGGAUAACGACGAGAAAGAAGCCAUCGCGUCCAAAGGGCGCAAAACCGCCAACAGCCAGGGCCGGCGCAAAGGCCGCAUCACCCGCUCGAUGGCCAGCGAAGCCAACCAUGAAGAGGUGGCUGCCCCCCAACAGAAUGCAGAGCUGGCCUCUCUGGAGAUGAAUGAAAGUUCUCGUUGGACAGAGGAGGAAAUGGAAACUGCAAAAAAAGGUCUUCUUGAACAUGGACGCAAUUGGUCAGCCAUUGCCAGAAUGGUGGGAUCUAAAAGUGUUUCGCAGUGUAAAAACUUCUAUUUCAACUACAAGAAAAGACAGAAUUUGGAUGAAAUCCUCCAGCAGCACAAACUGAAAAUGGAGAAAGAACGGAACGCCAGGAGAAAAAAGAAGAAAAACCCUACUGUCCAGAACGAGGAAGCUGCCUUCCCACCAGCUGCCGAAGACGAGGAGAUGGGUCAGGACGGGUCAGGCACCAGUGGCAACGAGGAGGAGAUGGCCGAGGAGGCAGAAGCUGCAGUAAAUAACAGCUCCGACACAGAGAGUCUUCCCUCUCCAAGACCUGAAGCCAAAGAAAAUGCAGAAAAUGGGCCCAAACCAACCCCUGAAACCAGGAAUGAUGCGGAAGAGCCACCUGCUGUCAAGAUGGAGGAGGCCACAAAUUCACCGGCAGCAACUCCCACACCCCCUACCACCCAGUUGCCCGAGGAGGCCUCUACAGAGCCGGCCAGCAGCGAAGAGAAGCCACAGGAGGAACCAGUGGUCGAUGUGGUGAAAACCGAGGAGCCAGAGGAAAAGCCCAAGAGCCCAGAGCCAAACCAGGGCGACAUCAAAAUGGAGGAAGGGGAGGACUUCCAGGAAGAGGAUAAGGCGAACAACAAGCAAACGGAGGAGAACCACAACGGCAACAAUGUGCCAGUGGGGAGCGAGGGGGCACCCAAACCUGAAAAGGAGAACCACAAAACUGGGAAAACGGGAGGGGCCAAUCCUGACAGUGACUCCAGCGCCACGUGCAGCGCAGACGAGAUGGACGAACAUGAUGCUCCGGACAAAAACAAAUUGUUGUCCCCCCGGCCCAGCCUCCUCAACACUACCCAUGACGCCCGGCCGAACUCCUCCCCUCAAAAGCCGCUGGACUUGAAGCAGUUGAAGCAAAGAGCUGCUGCCAUCCCACCCAUUAUUUCGGAUGGUUUGCUGGAGGGAACAUUGCAGAGCGGAAGCACGAAGCCUCAGGUGCCUCAUCACGCGUUGGCCCUUUACCAGCAGCAAAUCACUAAAGCCCAUGAGUCUGCUCGGGAGGACUCAGCGCCGAGUAAGGAAGCUCAGCCGCAGCAGCCGGCUGAAAAGGAGUCUCCACUCAGCAGCAGCCCCGAGGCCCAGAGCAAGAGCCCCACGGCGCUCGACAAAGAAGAGAAGCCGAUGCAUUUCACCUCCCUUCCAGAGGGACAAAAGCUGGGUGGAGAGCCUGCCAUCACGACCUGCUGGCCACCAGUGCAUCCCUACCAAGGGCCAUCACGGGAUGUGAUCAGAACCUCUCCGCAUACUGAGCCCCAUGUCUUUCAGUAUAACCCCCCAGGUCACCCCGUCCCCUUGAAUGUGCAUGAAAGUUCUCGGCCGGGACUCCAAAGAUUGCCAGCCAUCUCCAACCCUCCUCCUCUCAUUUCCACCAAACACCCCUCUGUUCUUGAAAGACCCCUUGGCUCUGUUGCCCAGGGAGUGCCCCUCCAACUCCACACUCCAUUCAGCUCCGAGCAUGCAAAAGUUCCCAUUGGCUCAAUCACCAUGGGUCUUCCUUUAACGAUGGACCCCAAGAAGUUGGUGCCUUUCCCGGGUGUGAAGCAGGAGCAGCUCUCUCCUCGGAGCCACGCUAGUCAGCCUGAAAACUUGGUGGUGCAGACAUCGCAGGAGAGCUCAGUCCUUAGAGGAACAUCCUUGGGUUCAUUGUCGGCAGGAAGCAUCACCAAAGGCAUCCCCAGCGCAAGGCCCCCGUCGGAGUCUCCCAUCACCUAUCGAGGGUCCAUCACACACGGCACCCCGGCUGAAGUGCUAUACAAAGGAACCAUUACCAGGAUAAUUGGAGAAGACAGCCCCAGCCGAGCAGAGAAAGCGAGAGAGGAUGCUUUGCCGAAGGGGCACGUCAUUUAUGAAGGGAAGAAGGGACAUGUUCUGACCUACGAUGGUGGCGCCACUGCAGUGCAGUGCCCCAAAGAGGAGAGCAGAAGCGCUGUAGCCCCUCAUGAGACCACCGGCACCAAACGGACCUACGACAUGAUGGAAGGAAGGGUCCCACGGGGUUUGUCUGGGCGUGACCUUUCAUCUGCCAGCAUAGAAGGUCUGAUGGGCCGAGCCAUCCCUCCAGACAGGCACAGUCCCCUCAACUUAAAAGAACCGCAUCACAUCCGGGGCUCUAUCACGCAAGGAAUUCCUCGCUCCUACGUGGAAGCCCCUGAGGACUACCUCAGAAGAGAAGCCAAACAGCUCAAGAGGGAAAGCACGCCCCCGAGGGACUUCUCCGAGGCCUAUAAGGUCAGGCCGCACGAAAGCCUCACCCCUCUGAAAAUGAAAGCGACUCACGAGGGCCUCGUUGCCACCGUGAAGGAAGCAGGGAGGUCGAUUCACGAGAUUCCCAGGGAGGAGCUGAGACGCACACCUGACAUGCCUUUGACUAGACCCCUCAAGGAAGGCUCCAUCACCCAGGGUACCCCGCUGAAAUACGACAGCAACGCAUCAGCAAGUGCCAAAAAGCAUGACGUCCGAUCCAUCAUUGGCAGCCCAGGGAGGACUUUUCAUCACAUGCACCCCCUGGAUGUCAUGCAGGACCCAAGGACUCUGGAAAGAGCUUACGAGGAGAGUUUGAAAGGCAGGCCCAGCCCCGUGACAAACUCUGGUGGAUCCAUCACCAGGGGGGCGCCUGUGAUUGUGCCUGAGCCCGGGAAGCCCCGCCACAGUCCGCUUACCUACGAGGACCACCAGGCAGCUCACGGGACAGCUUUCGGCAGCCACUUACACCGUGGGUCACCUGUGUCCACGAGGGAGCCAACACCGAGGCAGCACGAAGGAAGCAUCUCUGCUGGUAAGCCUGUAUCCCAGGACAGAAAGAUUACCCCAACGCCAAGGGAAAUCGCUAGUUCCAAGUCUCCUCACGCCACCCUCGCAGACCACCCUCAUUCUAUCUCCACCUACGAGCACCUGCUCCGGGGAGUAAGCGGCGUGGAUCUGUACCGGGGACACAUUCCGUUGGCCUUUGACCCUUCAGCUUUCCCCAGGGGAAUUCCUCUGGAAGCAGCUGCUGCUUACUACCUGCCGAGACACCUUUCUCCCAGUCCAACGUACCCCCAUCUCUACCCUCCAUACCUCAUCCGUGGCUACCCAGACACCGCUGCCAUGGAAAACAGGCAGACCAUUAUCAAUGACUACAUCACCUCCCAGCAGAUGCACCACAACGCUGCAGCAGCUACUGCGAUGGCCCAGAGGGCAGACCUGCUACGUGGCCUGUCGCCACGAGAACCCUCUCUGGCACUCAACUAUGCAGCAGCAGGAAUAAUCGACCUGUCUCAAGUGCCACACCUGCCUGUGCUUGUGCCUCCCACCCCUGGCACCUCGGCUGCCUCCAUGGACCGGAUCACAUACAUCCACAGUGCCCCCCAGGCCUUCAGCAGCCGACACAGCAGCUCCCCACUGUCCCCAGGAGGCCCCACGCACUUGACCAAACAGACAGGACCUUCAGUUUCCGAACGGGAGCAAGAAAGAGAUCGUGAACGGGACCGUGAAAAAGAACGCAAGAAAUCAGUCUUACAAGCCACAAGUUCCGUGGAGCACGCCCCCAUUUGGAGACCAGGUACAGACCAGAGCAGCGGCCGUUCAUCAGCGCACUCUCACAACCACAAACACUCCCCCGUCUCACCCCGCACCCAGGAGAAUGUCCAGCAGCGCCCCAGCGUGCUGCACAACACAAACAUGAAGACCAUGUCUUCGGAAAGCCUUACCCCAUCAGUUCUGCGGUCCUCCUCCACUACCACCACGUCACCCGUUCGCUCUUCAGGCUUCUCUGUGGCACCUGCAGUGCGUGGCCCUGUAAGUGGCUUGGACAGCUACGCCUCUAUGGUGGACUCCGCCCACGUCCAGAAGGAGACCUCGAGGCUCCAGGAUACCAAAGCAGAACGCCCUCAGACCGACAACAACCUGUUCCCCUCCAAGUUGUCUGCAGGGGCCGGCCUGGAGCAGUCAUCUUCGCCCAUGAAAGGCAUGGAGCCCAGGCCAGUCCCCUCCUCCGGGCCAGGGUCCGCCCACCAGUAUAGCAGAGGACAGGGGAAAAACCCGCCGCACCACCUCUCCCCCCUGGACCAGUCGCUGCAGGCAGUGUCGGCCAGUGAGCAGCCCAGUAGAGAAAAGAGUCUGAGUAAAACCUUUUCAGUGCAGGAACAGGAGCUCCGAGCACUCGGCUUCCAUGGGAGUUACAGCCCCGAUGGCGUUGAAGCAAUAAGCCCUGUGAGUUCGCCCAGCAUGCCUCAUGAGAAGGGGACGAAGUUGCCCCAGGAUAUGGAGAAAGCACGUGCAGAGCAUGACCUCCGGACAAAGCAGCCAGGCCCCCUCAAGCCUUCUGCUGCAGAAAUCUCUCACUUGCAGCAACUCCAGCAGUUUCCCGACGGUCGGCAGUCACCGGGCCACCCGUUCCAGGGAUCGCAAAACGCCAAAGGCCACCAGCGGGUUGUCACCUUGGCUCAGCAUAUCAGCGAGGUGAUCACACAAGAUUACACGCGCCACCACCCCCAGCAGCUCAACUCCCACAUCCAGUCCCCAGUGUACUCCUUCCCAGGAGCUCCGUGUCCUGCACUGGACCUCCGGCGGACUCCCAGUGAGGCUUACGUCCAGCAGCAGACGCUCGAGCACCUCCCUGUCUCAAGAAUCUCUCCGGAAAGUGAAGGAUGCAAGAGGUCUCCAGAGCCUGUUAAAGCGCCUGCUUCCGACAACUGCAUAGAGCCCAUCUCUCCACCAGAUGGAAUGGGAGAGCCCGAUCCACUGCGGAGUUCCACAUACCCCAUCCUGUAUCGAGAAGAGGAACAGCUGGACCAGAGGAUGGGCUCCAAAUCCCCCGGGAACAACGUGCAGCCCCCGGCCUUCUUCAGCAAACUGACCGAAAGCAAUUCAGCCAUGGUGAAAUCCAAGAAGCAAGAAAUGAUCAAGAAGCUGAACACAAACAACAGGAGCGAGGCGGAGUACAAUAUUGGACAACCCGGAACCGAGAUUUUCAACAUGCCAGCCAUUACUGGAACAGGGUUAAUCAGUUGUAGGAGCCAGUCGGUCCAGGAAAAUUCCAGUACCAACAUGGGGUUGGAGGCAAUUAUUAGGAAGGCCCUAAUGGGUAAAUAUGACGAGCAGUGGGACGAGCACUCUCCUCUCAGUGCCAAUGCUUUUAACCCUCUGAAUGCCAGUGCAAGCUUGCCCGCUGCUCUGCCUGUAACCGCUGCUGACGGACGGAUUGACGACGUGCGCUCCUUGCCAGGAGGAGGGAAGCCAAAGAUUGCUGCCAGAGCCAACAGUCGUAAGGCCAAGUCUCCCGGGCCAGGCCUGUCCUCCGCAGAGAGGCCACCGUCUGCCUCAUCUGUGCAUUCCGAAGGAGACUGUAACAGGAGGACGCCUCUCACCAACCGCGUCUGGGAGGACAGGCCGUCAUCUGCAGGCUCGACACCGUUUCCGUAUAAUCCACUAACGAUGAGGCUCCCGACCGGCGUAGUGACGGCUCCUCCUGCCUCCGUUCCCCAAGGCAACUCCAACAGCCAACAUCAUGGAUGGGAGGAGGAGCCCAAGCCACUGCUUGUCUCACAGUAUGAAACUCUAUCGGACAGUGAAUGAAAGGGAGAGAAAACGAGACGGGAAACCCAGCGACAACGAACACAUCGAUUGGGUGGCUGUUGAGCUAACCAUGGCGUGGGGACUUCGGCUGGUGCAGGCCAUGGCUGGGCUAGGCCAAGUACAGGAGCAGCACUGUUCCAGUCAGUUAUUAAUUUGUGUCACACCUAGGAGGAGGAAAGGGGGGAGCCGUUGAGAUCCUCUUCAAUCUAAAGCCUUAAAGGGGGGGGGGGGAAGCAAACAGAACCCAUCCCGGUUCUCUCUCUCCCCAUUUGGGGCUGUCACCAUGAGCCGUUGCGGCAAGAACAAGGGAGGGCAGCUUGUCAGACUCUCGAAGCUUCCCCGCCGGAACGCAGCCGGUCACUGAAUCUCACUUAACUCACACUCAGGGGAUUCUGCCUGCUGCCGCCAGGUCCGUCCUUCAGCCAGAUGAGGAAGUCCAGUGAGAGAGGCUGGUGUGUUCUGCUUGCGAAGCCCCCGGUGUAUGCUUUCUGCAUAUGCCCAACACGUUUCCGGCACAUCAUUUCAGUGUGCGCUUUCUGUUGCCUGUUAUCCAAUACUUGAAAUAGGAUUCAAGCGCCCCUUCCUUAGUUCUUGUGUUGUCGUCGUGAGGGCUGCGCCAGUGGAAUUGUGUGAUGGGAACACAAUUAAUGCAGAGUGGCCCUCUCGUGCGAAGUGUUGGUUUCUCCUCCUCCUCACAGUUAAAUAAGAGGCGACCCUCUUCCUUGCAUGCACCCAGACAAACAAAGCAGUGAUCUUGCUUGAAUGUUGAAUAAAUAAAAAUCUGAGAAUGAUGGUUUGAAUGCAAGGAGGAGGGGAUAGGUGGGCAAUGAGGUUGGAGGACAAAAAAAAUUUUUUCCUUUGAAGAAGGGAAUUCUGGGUAUGAAUUGUAAUCAGAAAGGAUGCCCCUGUUUGUAGUGUAUUGGCUACAGCUGUGGGGAGGCGGUUGUUUUAAGUGCGUUGUUUCUCGAAACGGCAGUGUGUAUAUGGUCUACAGGGUAUAUUUUUGAUACCUUUGGCAAAUGACGCCAGAUGUUUUGCGCAAGGAAGGACUUUAAAACAGUGUUAUAUGCUGCUUUUCGGUCUCCACUCCUGUACAAAGAGAGGUUCUAUGUUCGUUGCAAGCUUUGAUGAGUUUGUUCAUUGUAAGAAAAUUGUUAAGAAGUAACAAUGUCCCAACAAAAUAGUUCUGUUAUUCAAUAGAAUGUAUUAACUUGGGGGUUUUUGGUUGGUUGGUUUUUUUUUUAAAAAAAAAUGUGAGUCACACAACUGCAGGGCUCUUAUUGCAAAUGCUUCCCCUUAGGAACACUCCUGUGUGGAGAUGACAACAAUUCUCAGCUGAGCUUGUCUCUUUUGGGAGGCUUGCAAAGAAAUGUUAAAUGUGUUUUUCGGAAGCCUGUGGAGGGUCCCCCCCCCCCCCGAUUCAUUAAAUGGUGAUGUCACAUGAGCAUGGAUACUAUUCAAAGAAUAACAUUCUUUCCCCCUCGUAUUUGCUUGUUUUUCUCCCCAUGCUGGAACAUAGAAAGGGUGGUUAUAAAAUAGUAUUAAAAUGUUUUGUGUUAAUGUACAAUAGAGAGAAAGACCUGGACAGUAGUUUGUGUGCUGGAACAGUCCGGAGAGAGACUUUUUGUCACUCUUUAACUUGACACAGCAUCUGGGAAGUGGUAAUGUCACACAUUGCUGGUAUUGUGUUGUGUGUGCAUGGUGUUCGUUUCUACUUCUACUUUGAAAGCAAAAACCUCUGCCUUCCCAGCUUUUUUUUCUUUCUUUUUACAUGCACUCUCUCUAGAUUUUUUAUUUUUGUUUUUACAGCAGAAUGGUUGCAUGUUGCAGUAUUGAAACACAACACGCACACCCAAUGGUUUGAAGGACUUUAAACGCCUCCCCCACAAGCACUUGCUUGUUCGAGUGCUUGUGAAAAUGUGAUGCUUCUCUCUUUGAAUAGCCUCUGUGAGAACAUUUUCCAUUUCCAUCGUUACACCAUAAUGAUUAUAUUACACAUCAUUGCAACUAGUCUUUGAGACCCCUGCCGCAGCAGGAUCUGGCAAUUCUGCACUUCCAUUUUUGUGCCCUGCAAAAUCAUGGAGGUUUUGAACAGGCAACGGGCAACGAUACGAGAACUUCAGGCCAGAACUUCAAUCAGUACAGAUCUGCCAAUCAGAGUGGGUGUUCCAUAGCAGCGUGUGAUAAACUUUUCCAAGUGACUGCUUCCUCUUUCCAGAUCAGAAUGUUUAGGCAUAGCCAUCGCUUAAAAUGUCUAGCUUCCCCCCAAAGGAGAAAGAAAUAAAAUGUGCACCUCCCCAAAAGCUGAGGUUCUGCUAAUAGAACAUCCCCCUUGCUUAGCUUUUCUGAAAUGAAGAUUUAGGAAGCCUGAUUGGAAAAGGAAAUGUCAGGUCCUUGAGUGCUUUAGCAAGUUAGGAGCGCCUGCUGUUCAACAAGGGUGAACGGAGUAGAAAGAGAGGGCUUCUGUGGCGGGGAAGGAGCCAUUGAGGGUUCAGCUUAUGGCAAACACACUAGUUACAAAUAGUAAAGAAAAGAUCACGCCCAGUUCUUCAUCCCACACCUGACAUGACUAUAUCAAUUCCUUUUGAAAAUCCUGCUGAAAUUCAGGAAGCCAAAGUUUAAGUCCACCCCAGAAAAUGGCCUGAACUUCCUUACUUUGUAAGAGAUUCUAGGACAGCAAGCCAAGGGCUUUGGUCACAUGGUGUGCUAAUGGACCAACCACUGGCCAAUCUAGUUGCCCAUCUCGCAUCUAGAGGGCUGCCCGAUGACACUGAACUUUCUUACGGGACUGGGAAACAAGUCCCCGCGACAUCAUGCAUACACUUUCCCCUUUGCCACGUAUUGCGCUCCAUGCUGUCUGCAAAUAAUGAAACCAAGUACUCCUUUGCCUGCAUCUCAUCUGUGCUUGCUUUAAACAGCAUGGCCUGAACCAAACGGAGGUUGUGUUGCAGAAGACACCUCCACCAAACUUUCACUAGUAACUUGUGUGGACAUGGUUUUUGGGCCACUGCUUACUCAACUGUUUUCUCGUUUUGUAUAUCCCACUUUUGAGAAAGAAAGUGAUAAGUCGUAUAACUAAAUGGAAAUAGCCUCGUUUGCUUAGACUAUUCCGUUUAGAAUGGCGGACACGCAGCCUUCUGCAGCAUGUCCAAUCUUCAUGUGUGAGAGAGAGCAUGCACUCUAAAGUUUAGCCAGCUGGGACGGUUUGUGCCCCUAGACCGUUGCAAGAAUCAACAGUUUAUCUUCGUGAAACCCUCAAACCUAUUCCAGGGUCAAAAUGGCCGUUGGCGUCACUAAGACGAGGAAGGGAACUCUCCUUGCUGACGUGACCUUGCCUCUGAUGGAGUCUGUACAGCUUGAGGUGGAGAGUUGGAAAUGAGCUGGGAUUUGACCCCAUGUCAGCAAUGCCGCAGAGAAUUCAGUGUAACUGUCCCUCUUGGCCCUUGAAAGCCACCUCCCUCUGCCGUCUCUUCAUUUAGAUCAAAUGAAUCAACACAAAUCAGCCCAGUUUACCCUCCAGUAGGGAACAAAAAUUAAGGCCAAUGUAGAUUUGAAAUUGUAAUAUGCAAAAUAAGAUCGUUCACUUCGUGUUUACUUCCUGUUUUCAUCUUUUACUUUGUCAGAUCCACAUUGGCAAUAUUCAAGUCACUGCCAAAAUUAUCUGUGAACUUCCCUCUCCUAUGUCACCGCUAGGCACUGUUGUUGUUUUUUACUUCCCCAUUUGUAGAUAUCAGAAUGCAGGUUAGCAUUCUGUCCAAAGCUACAGAAUUUAGAGCAGCUUUAUAGAUAAUAUUUUUAACCUACGCAAAGAUAAUCUUUGUGUCUUGAAGGUGCAUGCUAUUCUAUAUGCUGUCAGAGAAUUGAUUUUGCCACAGGUGCACAGGUGAGGAAGCUUGUGUAUACGGGACGGCUGCCUGGUUUGUGAGCUUUGAGGGCAAAAUGAACUCUUUGAGAUGCGCUGCAGUGCUGUCCACUUCUUCUUGUACUCCUCAGAGUAUCUCGUAGGAAAAUCAUCAACAGAAGGAAGGAGUCCGAGGUCCUUCACCUGUAACCAUGGUCAGCCUAGUCCUUGGGAAGCUCCGCUGGCCCAAACCACGGGCCUCAUUUCAAAAAUGUAGUGCGUAAGACCUGUGUUUUUCUGGCUUCCCAUUCAUGGCACCGUUGCCUUGUCCACAGCAGUGAUGUGAACCAUUUGCACUGAUCUGAUGAGAUUUGCUCACAGGUGACGAGAUUAUUUUGCAGUUGUCGGACUUUGUCGAAAUGGUGCUGCCUCGCUCUGCCUUCCCUUGACCAACGAAUGGCUUUAACAAUUUGGAAUGCAGCAGAACAUGGCUUGUAGGAGAGGUCACAUGUACAUUCCAGAAAGGGAUCCAGGAAUGGCCCCCUCCUUUUUACCAAAAGGUUAUUCCCAGGUUGCCAGACAUUGUACAUUCUCUACAUGUUUGUAUGUGUGUAUAUAUAUUUAUAUAUACUCUUGGGUUCUGUGUAUACAUAUUACUCCAUUUGUGUGUGCAUGUAUAAGAAGUACAUAUACACACGCAUUUUCUUUGUGCCUAAAUGAGUGGCCCGGCACAUAGCCUGCGGUUUGUGUCUGCCUACAAGCCAGAGCUUGAUAAAAUCAAACUCACAACGGUUCAACCAAAGGCAGAUGAGUGUUGCCUCCCCCCCCAUUGACUGUUAGCUCCACAUAAGGUGAGCGCCAAGCACUGUGUGUUUAGCUUCAGAGGAAAGCCCUCCCUCUUCACAACUGUCUGCAUAAUUUGUGUCUGUUCUAGUGACAUACAAAUCUCUCUACUGUGCUAUGGUUCUUUUUUUUUUAUUAAUUGUGCAAUCAAAAAAAAAAGGAAGUUGUGUUAAACUAUUAAAGUUUGAAGUGUUACCAACUUUGUAAUUUGUACAAACACAUAAAAACAAAAAAAAAUAAUAAAAGGACAAUUUUAUUGUUUGAACUGUACAAGGGGACUGGGGGGAGGGAAGAAAUCUCUAUCUUUUGUACAACCAAAUUGUGCAUAGCUGUUUCAAAGCAAGUUGUAUGAUAGAACGGACUGUACAUAGAGACUGCUGAGUUGUAAAUAUUUAUGCCGCUUGCUCAAAAGGGUUGUUUUUUUUUUUUGUUCUUCUACUGAAAGUGAAGUUUUUGUUCACUGUUGUUAAUUUUCUUUCUUUCUUUUUUGCUCUACAUGCCCACUAAGCAAGCAUUUGUGGGGUUGCAGUGUCAGAGCACUGCCUUACUGUUUAAAUAAAAAAAGAGAGAGGGGAAACGCUUCUU